AUGAUCCAGUACCAMAUGGCAACUUCAAUCUCUGUCAGGGAAGUGAAAGAGCACCAGCUGCACAAGGAGCUGCGCAGCCGCAGCCCUGCUCCCAUGUCCCACAAACCAGGAGUGUCCCUCAGUGAGAUGUGGAAGGGUGGGCAGCAGCACAACACUCCGAGCACCCCCGCACCCGAAGAGGACUUGCCCAUUGGGAGGAGCCAUUUUGAGCGGGUGCUGCCCGGCGGCUGCGCGGCGCCCCGCAGGAGCUACGCGGACCAAGUUGAUGCCGAUGUCACCGUUAUUGGGUCUGGCCCUGGAGGGUAUGUUGCUGCCAUCAAAGCAGCCCAGCUUGGAUUUAAGACUGUGUGUGUGGAGAAGAAUGAAACCCUUGGUGGCACCUGCUUGAACGUGGGGUGUAUUCCUUCCAAGGCCUUGCUGAAUAACUCUCACCUGUAUCAUUUGGCCCAUGGAAAAGAUUUUGCUAGUAGAGGAAUUGAAAUUUCAGGAAUAAAUUUGAAUCUAGAGAAGAUGAUGGAACAGAAGAGUGGUGCAGUGAAAGCCCUAACAGGUGGAAUUGCUCAUUUAUUUAAACAAAACAAGGUUGUACAUGUUUCCGGGUUUGGAAAAAUAACUGGCAAAAACCAAGUCACUGCAACCAGAGACGAUGGCAGCACCCAAGUUAUCAAUACAAAGAACAUUCUUAUAGCUACAGGCUCCGAAGUGGCUCCCUUUCCUGGAAUUACUAUUGAUGAAGAUAAUAUUGUGUCAUCUACUGGUGCACUAUCACUAAAAAAGGUUCCUGAAAAGAUGGUUGUCAUUGGUGCAGGAGUCAUUGGCGUGGAAUUGGGCUCAGUUUGGCAGCGCCUCGGUGCGGAUGUGACAGCUGUGGAGUUCAUGGGCCACGUUGGCGGAAUGGGAAUCGACAUGGAGAUCUCCAAAAACUUCCAGCGUAUUCUUCAAAAGCAGGGAUUUAAGUUUAAACUAAACACCAAAGUUACCGGUGCUACCAAGAAGCCAGAUGGAAAGAUUGAUGUAGCUGUUGAAGCUGCUGCUGGUGGCAAGGCCGAAGUUAUAACUUGUGAUGUGCUCCUGGUCUGCAUCGGGAGGCGGCCGUUCACAAAAAACCUCGGUCUCGAAGAUAUCGGAAUUGAACUUGAUCAGAAGGGCAGAAUUCCAGUCAAUAACAGGUUUCAAACCAAGAUUCCAAACAUCUUCGCCAUCGGCGACGUCGUGGCGGGGCCCAUGCUGGCGCACAAGGCCGAGGACGAGGGCAUCCUGUGCGUCGAGGGCAUGGCCGGGGGAGCCGUCCACAUCGACUACAACUGCGUCCCCUCCGUCAUCUACACGCACCCGGAGGUGGCCUGGGUGGGCAAGUCGGAGGAGCAGCUGAAAGAGGAGGGCAUCGAAUACAAAGUUGGGAAGUUUCCCUUUGCUGCCAACAGCAGAGCGAAGACGAACGCCGACACGGACGGCCUGGUCAAGAUCCUCAGCCAGAAAUCCACGGACAGGAUGCUGGGUGCUCACAUCCUGGGUGCAGGUGCUGGCGAGAUGGUUAACGAGGCAGCUCUUGCCAUGGAGUACGGAGCAUCGUGUGAGGAUGUAGCCAGGGUUUGCCACGCGCAUCCGACAGUGUCAGAAGCCUUCAGGGAAGCCAACCUAGCAGCCUCUUUUGGCAAAGCCAUCAACUUCUGAAGGGGAAGAGCAGCCCUGGACCGUGCGCAGGGAGAGCCGCACGUGCGCUGCGCGGAACGCCGAGUCGGAGAUGCUAGGACUGAAUUAAGUGAAUCUCCUCCUUUUAAGCAGCAAAUAUUUAACCAAAUAGGGUUUGGAGAAAGUUGAAUUAUCCAGUCUCUGUAAAUUAAAUACUUAAAAUUACAUGCUUAUUUACUUUAUGAAUGUUGCAGGAAAAAAAUGCCUGAAAGAACUCAUUUUUCUUUUUAUGAAACCAAACGUUUUGGGUGUGCUGGUCAAGACUCCAAGAGCCCAGCCUAUCUGGUGUGUCCUUAUUUGAAGUAGUGAUAGACUAAACCAGUUGAAUGCUGGCACUUAAAACGCCACUGUCACUUCCGCACAAAAAUAUUGUGGUGUUUCCUUGUGAAAGGAUUAACUUGGUAUUUACAGAGUCAUUUUGAUUUAGUAGCGUUAGGAUUAUGGGAGGGGCUCAUUUAUGUGCAUUAAAACUAUAUUAACUUUUUUAAAAGUGGAAAUUACUCCAUUUGUGUGUGAUUCUCCACACAUUGUGUUUUCAUAUUGAAAACUCAGCAGGGGAAAAAAAUCAAGUGCUGAUGGAGAAAUGAAAAAACUGAAGAAAAAUUAAUCUUACUGCUACAUAAUCCUUUUGAUUUUGAAGCUUUUCCCACUGUCCACCUGUCUUAAGGUAUCUCAGAAAGCUAAAUGUGGCUGCUGAAGCAGCGCUGCUGAGUCCAGGGGCAUGAGGGUUCCUGCACUUCCCGCAUGUCAGGGCUGCAGUGCCAGCUCUCCACACUUCAGAAUUUUCCCUUCCUUCUUUCCUGUUAUUUUUAUUUUAUGCUCUCCUUGCAUCUCUCCUGUAGCAAGAGAGCUUAAUAUGUGAAAGGUCUGUAGCCUUCCACUAAUAAAUGCUGAACGUGG